UGCCCACAGGGACGUGAUGAGGCUUUACAAACAUUGCUUCUGCAAGAAGGUAAAGGAAGUAGCUAAGCUAACAGUUUGACAUGAAUAAGCAGUUCACUUGGAGAUGUGCUUUCAAAGAAGCCAGCUACUGUUUUGAAACGUUUGAUAAUGUUGGUUUUAAUUGUCCAUACAUGGCUGGCUAGCUAGUUACAUAAGUUAACUGUUUGUUUUGCACACAUUGCCAAGGAAGACCCAAGUGCUCGCAGCUAACGUUAGCUUGCUCUGCAUGGCAUAUAACAACGUUAUUGUUAUGCUAACGUUAGCUCGCAAGUUGCAGUACAGUAGGACCGAAGAUACUGCUGGUAGAACUAGCUAACGUUACUAGCUAGCUAGCAUCUUUCCUAAGGUGUAGCGGUGAUUCAGAUAGAAGACCAGGGAAGGUACAGGAAGUGACAGCCGUGGUUCAGAAAGAAGACCCGGAAAGGUGCAGGAAGUGACAGUGCUUCCUUGUUGCCAUGGCGUCUGAGCUGCAGGAGGCGAUCUGCAUGGCCAAGCAGGAGCGUCACAAGAACCUGUUCCUCAACUACAGGAACCUGAACAACUUUCCGGUCGAGCUGCUGAAAGAUGAAGGACUACAGUUUCUACAGAGGCUUUAUAUGAAGAGGAACUCUCUCACCACGCUGCCGGAUAAUCUAGCACAGAAGCUCCCCAACUUAAUAGAGCUGUAUCUGCAUUCCAACAAUAUAACCUGUGUUCCUGAAGCUAUAGGUAACCUGUCCAGGCUGCAGUGUUUAGACCUGAGUGACAACGCUCUGCAAGUCAUCUGUCCAGAGAUCGGCAGGCUGAGGUCCUUACGACACCUGAGACUGGCCAACAACCAGCUGAAAUGCCUGCCUCCAGAGAUUGGAGCCCUAUGUGACCUAGAGACCCUGGAUGUCAGUAGGAAUGUGUUGGUGUGUCUCCCAGAGCGGCUGCACCAGUGUCUGUCUCUCCAGUGUCUCACUGCUGACAGGAACAACCUGACCAGCUUCCCCAGACAGCUCUGCCAACUCCACAGCCUCAACGAGCUCAGUAUGGCUGCUAACCAACUCACCUCUCUACCCCUAGAUUUGGGUCGUUCCAGAGAGCUGCAGUUUGUGUUUGUUGACAACAACGUCCAUCUCAAAGGCCUUCCUUCAUACCUGUACAACAAGGUGAUUGGCUGCAGCGGGUGUGGUCUGCCAGGGCAGGUGUCUGAUCGGGUGCCCCAGCCUCUGUCUCUGUCUCUGGGAGAUGUGUCUCUCCCUUUGCCUGCUGAGGUGAAAGCUAUAGGCUCAGAGACGGAGCGAGUGGGCCCCCUGGAGGAGCUCGCCAUGAGGGCCCUGCACAGCAUGUACAGGCAACAGCCAAUCAGAGAGCGGAGUCUGCUGCCGCCCUUCCUGUUACCCAGAAGCCUUCUGGACCUGCUCCAAUGCCCCCUGGGACAUUGUCACCGCUGCAGUCAGCCCAUGUUUACCAUCAUCUACCCCAAACUGUUCCCUCUCAGAGAGACCGCUCUGGCUGGGGUACACCGCAGAACCACAGUGAGUUUCGUGGCCUACUGCUGUUCCAGUCAGUGUGUUCAGACAUUUGAUCUGCAGCAAUGACAUCAUGGUGCCUUCACCUCUUCCUCUCCCCUUCGGUCAUCAUCUCCUCCUCUGGUCUCCUGGAUGAAUGAAUGAAGGACUGUGGGAGUCCUGAACGUCUCAGGAGGACAUGCAUAGCCUCUGGACUGGUGGACAUGAGGAACUGAAGAUCUCAGGAGGACAUGCAUAGCCUCUGGACUGGUGGACAUGAGGAACUGACCAUCUCAGGAGGACAUGCAUAGCCUCUGGACUGGUGGACAUGAGGAACUGAAGGUGUCAGGAGGACAUGCAGAGCCUCUGGACUGGUGGACAUGAGGAACUGAAGGUCUCAGGAGGACAUGCAUAGCCUCUGGACUGGUGGACAUGAGGAACUGAAGGUCUCAGGAGGACAUGCAUAGCCUCUGGACUGGUGGACAUGAGGAACUGAAGGUGUCAGGAGUACAUGCAUAGCCUCUGGACUGGUGGACAUGAGGAACUGAAGGUCUCAGGAGGUCAUGCAGAGCCUCAGCAGCCUGUGACCAGUCCAGCAGUCUGUAAUGGGCAUGGACGGUCCAAUUGAAAGACGGACAAUAUUGGUAUUAAUAAUCCACAUCUUGACAUAUCAUCUACUGUCCAACGACUAACAUCUCUUAAUACAGCAUCAUUCUACUAAUGGUUUGUUUCUGGUUUCAGUUUGUUCCAGCAGCAACUCAGAGCGUGUCGGUAUUUACUGGUGUGAACUAGCUGCUCUGUUCACCAGCCAAAUUUUCACCUGACAGACGCAUCACAAUAACAAGAAGUUGCGAGUGUUUUUGUCUUUGUAGAGGAGAAUCUAUUCUGAUCAUUUCUAUGGAUUUUUACAUGACACUGGUUGACAAAAAGUGUUUGAAGAAUGUCACUUCGGCCGUAUCGCAUGAUAUUUGUUCUAAACCUGUUCUAAAUAUGUAAUACUGGUAGGUGUGUUGCCCCUCACUCCAGCCUGAAGGACUUUGACAAGAUAAUAGACACAUUAGUUAUUGGGCGUUUCUUUUCCUGUAGACACAUCAGACUCUAAGACCUCUGACAAGUUUUUAAACUUUACAAAAUUGGUCUUUGAGGGUAAACAAUUGUUUUUGUUUGCAAAAUAAGGUUAACUUCUGAAACAGUCUGGUAACCUGAAUGUUUAUGAAGGAUGUAAAACCAACUUUGUUUCCAUUCAGUUUGAUUGUGACUCAAAGCAACGCUUUGGUUCUUCAGCUGAAAACCAAAGGAACUGAAGCUCAUAACAGAAGUGUUUGGGCCCUACCGGACCAGACUUGCCAAUCCUGGCUGUAGGUCCAUGCAGCAGACUCUCUGUCUUGGCUAGACGGACUGAGAGACUGGGAUAGGAGGCAGCAGACUCUCUGUCUUGGCUAGACGGACUGAGAGACUGGGAUAGGAGGCAGCAGACUCUCUGUCUUGGCUAGACGGACUGAGAGACUGGGAUAGGAGGCAGCAGAUCUCUAUGGCUGUGUCUGAAGUGUCAACUUAUUCCCUAUAUAGUGCACUACUUUAGACCAGAGCUCAUAGGGAAUAGAAUGUAACCCAGAGACGGCCCAUAUUAACAUGUGUAGAAUGUAACCCAGAGACGGCCCAUAUUAACAUGUGUAGAAUGUAACCCAGAGACGGCCCAUAUUAACAUGUGUAGAAUGUAACCCAGAGACGGCCCAUAUUAACAUGUGUAGAAUGUAACCCAGAGACGGCCCAUAUUAACAUGUGUAGAAUGUAACCCAGAGACGGCCCAUAUUAACAUGUGUAGAAUGUAACCCAGAGACAGCCCAUAUUAACAUGUGUAGAAUGUAACCCAGAGGGUUGAGACCCCGCCAGGGUUCUGUCGAGGGUUGAGACUCCGCCAGGGUUCUGUCGAGGGUUGAGACUCCGCCAGGGUUCUGUCGAGGGUUGAGACUCCGCCAGGGUUCUGUCGAGGGUUGAGACUCCGCCAGGGUUCUGUCGAGGGUUGAGACUCCGCCAGGGUUCUGUCGAGGGUUGAGACUCCGCCAGGGUUCUGUCGAGGGUUGAGACUCCGCCAGGGUUCUGUCGAGGGUUGAGACUCCGCCAGGGUUCUGUCGAGGGUUGAGACUCCGCCAGGGUUCUGUCGAGGGUUGAGACUCCACCAUGAAUGUCUGAAUCUCACAACUCAAGAGGAAUGGUGAACAAAAUGAUAAUUUACCUCAUCCCAAAUGGCCCCCUUUUCCCCAUGGGCCCUGGUCUAAAGUAGUGCACUGUGUAAGGAAUAAGAUGCAUCUUGAGACACAACCAGUAUGUGACAUUGAAUUAUAAAACCAGCAGCAAGAUGUCUAGAUGAGGAUUGGGUCUAUUGCCACUUUAUUUGUUUGGCUUUCUAAUGUUUAUUACAUUGUUAGAUAGUUAUUAUUAUAACAUUGUUAUAACUGUGAAUAUGAUUACUAUAUUGUAUAAUUUGUAAUCAAUUACUUUUAUUUUAAUGUCUGACAUUUUGGCAAUAAACAGUGUUUAACUUGA